UUCUUCUUCUUUAUAAUGGUCCGCAUGAUGGUGUAAAACCCUAACCCUAGCCAAGGUUUUUCGUUGAAGUCCUGCUUUUGCUGGAUCGUCUCCUGUUCUCAAAUCUGGACCCGUUAGAUGGGAAACUGUUGCAGAUCUCCCGCUGCGGUAGCCAGGGAGGACGUGAAGUCGAGUUUUUCAGGUCACGAUCAUGGCCGAAAGGACAAACUUGGAGCUGACGCUGGUGCCGGAGGCAAGAAAACCAUCACUGUCUUGCCUGAUACUACCAAGGAAGCAAUCGAGGAGAAGUACGUGGUGGAUAAAGAAUUGGGUCGAGGUGAGUUCGGCGUCACUUACCUUUGCGUUGAUCGCGAUACAAGAGAGCUCUUGGCUUGUAAAUCCAUUUCGAAGAGGAAGCUUCGGACAGCAGUGGAUAUCGAGGAUGUGAGGCGAGAGGUGGCGAUUAUGAAGCAUUUGCCUCAGAAUUCGAGUAUUGUGAGCUUGAAGGAGGCCUGUGAGGACGACAAUGCGGUCCACUUGGUGAUGGAGCUGUGUGAGGGAGGUGAACUAUUUGAUCGGAUCGUGACUCGUGGUCACUAUACGGAGCGAGCUGCUGCUACUGUCACUCGGACUAUUGUGGAGGUUGUUCAGCUAUGUCACAAAUAUGGGGUGAUCCACCGAGACUUGAAGCCUGAGAACUUCCUUUUCGCUACCAAGAAGGAGAAUUCACCAUUGAAGGCCAUUGAUUUCGGCUUGUCCAUCUUCUUCAAGCCAGGUGAAAGAUUCUCUGAAAUUGUUGGAAGUCCAUACUACAUGGCUCCAGAAGUGCUCAAGCGGAACUAUGGACCUGAAAUAGAUAUAUGGAGUGCGGGAGUGAUUCUCUACAUCCUAUUGUGUGGGGUUCCUCCAUUUUGGGCUGAGUCAGAGCAAGGGGUUGCACAGGCCAUUCUCCGUGGGCUAAUAGAUUUUAAACGGGAUCCAUGGCCAAAUAUUUCGGAGACUGCAAAGAGUCUAGUUCGACAGAUGUUGGAGCCUGACCCAAAGCUCCGGUUAACUGCAAAGCAAGUGCUUGAGCAUCCUUGGCUCCAAAAUGCGAAAAAAGCUCCAAAUGUUCCCCUUGGAGAUGUUGUCAAGUCAAGGCUUAAACAGUUUUCUAUGAUGAACAGAUUCAAGAGGAAAGCCUUGAGGGUCAUUGCAGAUCAUUUAUCCAUUGAAGAAGUUGAAGAUAUCAAAGAAAUGUUUGUGAAAAUGGACACAGAUAAUGAUGGUAUUGUCUCAAUUGAGGAACUGAAAGUUGGACUUCAAAAGUUUGGCUCUCAACUUGCAGAAUCUGAGGUGCAGAUGCUAAUUGAAGCUGUAGAUACCAAUGGGAAAGGAAAACUUGAUUAUGGAGAAUUUGUUGCUGUGUCCCUCCAUCUACAAAGAAUGGCCCAUGAUGAGCAUCUUCGCAAGGCCUUCUCCUAUUUUGAUAAGGAUGGCAAUGGUUAUAUUGAUCCGGAAGAGCUCCAGGAUGCAUUGAUGGAGGAUGGAGCCAUCACCAGUGCAGAUGUUGCAAAUGACAUCUUCCAAGAAGUAGACACUGACAAGGAUGGGAAAAUCAGCUAUGAUGAAUUUGCUGCAAUGAUGAAAACUGGAACAGACUGGAGGAAGGCUUCUCGGCACUACUCAAGAGGAAGGUUUAAUAGCCUCAGUGUAAAGCUGAUGAAGGAUGGUUCUUUGAAUACAGGCUGUGAGUAGCAUACAGCUGAGGUGGAUCUCACUGG